AUGGUCUCGCGGCUGCUGGACUAUGCGGAGGGCGGGCCCAAUGAUCCUCGAACCACGUUCAAUGAUUUGAGGAGUUGGCUCAGCGCCGUGAAGGAGGAGCUGUCGCCAUGGGGCUGGCAGGCCUACGAAGCUGAGUUCCGAGAGAGGAUGCAGGCCGAGAAGAAGCUCUAUGCCAUGAAUGCCUUGCCGAAUAGCGGUGCACAGCCACAGGAUGGAGUCAUCCAGGGCACUCCGUUGUGGCAAGAGAGGCUUGAUCAGAUGUUGCUCGUAGAGCACCUCAAGAGGAAGGUCAUGGUUGCGCACACCGCAUUCACAGAAGCUACCGACCUCUUGCUGAAGUCGCACGCGUGGCUGGUGAAGGACUCGCUUUUGGCCGACAAGUUUGCCGAGUGUAUCUCGCGAGUGCCACCUAGCCAGCACGACCGCAUCGACCUCUUGCAAGCUGCGCUGAGGCAGAGUCGCGAGGAGACGAAGGCGGCCAAGGCGGAGUUCCACGAGUACAAGGUUCAGCAGCAGAUCAAGCGGCAGGACUCCGGUGACUGCGGCGGCCGUCUGUUUGCACGAGGCUUUCUUGAAGCCCGACUCGCCGACGCAAUGUCGAACGUGGACCAGGGUGCCGUGCUUUAUGUACGGAAGUUGCUGGAGAGAGCGCCCCAGCUGCAAUUCAAAGUCGAGGCCACGGGGCGGACGGCCGCCCAGGCAUGCGCGCAGAAGUUUGUCCAGGAUCUGAUCCAGAAGGCGCUGGCAGCAAAGGCGAUCCAAGGCGCAGCCAAGGACGUUGCCUCGUUGUGUGCCCGCGAAGCGGUGAAGCAUUAUGUGGACAAGGCAGCAGAAGCGAGAAGCCAGCAGCAACAGGGCGCUGAGGAAGCUGCAGGCCAUGCGCGGGACGUGGCGGCCGGCUGCGCGCGGGUGGCGGCGGCGCGAUGGCUGGCAAAGGCGCAGAUGGCGAUGAGGAGCCAAGGCGCGCCAGGCCCGGAGCGCGCGAGCGCGGCGGCCUGCGCCAAGGGGGCAGUGGAGCGUUGGGUGGCCAAGGCCAAGGCGGCGGCCAGCAAAGCAGGACCGGAGCGAAAGGUUGCGGCGGCUUGCGCGCGUGUGGCUGUGGCGCGCUUUGUGGAGAAGGCGAAGCAAUCUGUGCGUGUCCAAGGCAAGGAGCGAGCCGAGUGGUCUGAAGCCGCCAAGCGCAAUCAGAGCAAGGCUUUUGAGGAGACUGUGGCACAAGGAGACGAGCGGGAGGUGGCUGCCAUGUGCGCGCGUCAUGCGGUGAAGUGCUACGUGAACCAGGCCUGCGAUGCUGUGCGCCAAGGUGCGGAGGCAGAGACUCGCCAAGCAGUGGAGCAGGUGCACACUUCCCUGAUGAAAGCGGCGAGCAGAAUCGCAGCAGUUGCACAGCCCACCAUCGACAACCUGGGAGGCCUCAUUCCUGAAGCCGAUGUUCAAGAGUCACCGAGCGGCGCCAUGAGCCCCACGCGGCCCAGCGGCGUGGCGCCCAAGAAGAAGCGCCCCGGGCCCAAGCCCAAGCCCGAGGAGGUGUGGACGGCCCCGCCCUCGCCGGAGCACUUCGACGCGGAGGUGCUGCUGGCCGCGGCGUCGCCCAAGGCCUCGAAGGCCUCGGCGACGGCGCUGGCGAAGGCCAAAGGGAAGGACCCGGAGGAGGAGCGGAAGAGAGAUGUGCAGUUUCUGCAGCAGAGGCAUCUGGAGAACGUCCAACGGGUGAGGCAGAAGCAAGAGGACUUGCGCGACCAGAGCUUCAUGCGGGUGUCGCACGGACCCUGUGAAGCGCCAGGAUGCCCGAGAGACCCGCGGCUGCCGCCGAAGCCCACUGACGGCCGGAAGUCGGCGCGAGCCUCGCCGGCGCGCACGAAGCCGGCGAAACUGCGGGCCCGGCACCCGCGCAGCCACUCGGAGCGGCCCCGGAAGGUGCAGGAAGAGUCGUCGAUCCUUUCCCUUCCAGACGACCUGCUCUCUGCACUGGCCGAGAUGGAGGCAGACAUGCCACGUCCUGACCUGGACGAUCCCGUCCUGCGGGCCUACUUGGCAGUGUACAAGUCGACAGUGUGUCAGCGAGCCGAAGAGAACGGCGACCCCUGCCUACGAGGAGCUGGCUCCACAUGCGAGGGGGGACUGUCCACGGAGCCAGAAGGGAAGAAGAGGCGAGCCAAGAGCGCCAGCAGGCAGCUGUCGGACAAGAAAGACUCGCAUUGGUUGCAGCCUGGGCUCUUGUCUUGGCAAGACAAGGCGAAGGCAUGGUUCUGGCCCCGCAAGGGCGCAGUGCCGCCCAUGGAGACCGCGGUGCUGGCGCUCUUGAACGGCAGCCCUCCGCCGCUGGAAGCCACGGCCCAGGCGGCUUUGGCUGCCCGCCAGCAGUUUGCCAUGCCGGUGCUUCAAAAGAUGCAGCAGGCCUGCAACUGGGCUCCGACCUGUACUGAUAGCAGGUCGCGCUGCCCCUGA